AUGGUGACCGGGGCGGGCGCAGGACCGCGGGCAGGGCGCGUGCGCGGGGAGCGGGCCCGCGGCCCCUCAGCUGCGCUCGACAUGGCGCUGAGGCGAAGGCCCUCGUUGGUCCUGCUGCUGCUGGUCGUGCGGGGCUGCUUGAUCAGGGCCGUGAAUCUCAAGUCCAGUAACCGAAGCCCAGUGGUUCAGGAAUUCGAAAGUGUAGAACUAUCUUGUAUCAUUACGGAUUCACAGACAAAUGACCCCAGAAUUGAAUGGAAGAAGAUCCAAGAUGAACAAACCACCUAUGUGUUUUUCGACAACAAGAUUCAGGGAGACCUCACCGACCGUGCAGAGCUGCUGGGGAAGACGUCUCUGAAGAUCUGGAACGUGACCAGGACAGACUCGGCCCUUUAUCGCUGUGAGGUGGUUGCUCGGAAUGACCGCAAGGAGAUCGACGAGAUCGUCAUCGAGUUGACCGUGCAAGUGAAGCCAGUGGCCCCCGUGUGCAGAGUGCCACGGGCCGUGCCCGUGGGCAAGGCGGCCACCCUGUCCUGCCAGGAGGGCGAGGGCUUCCCACGGCCGCACUACAGCUGGUACCGCAACGAUGUGCCACUGCCCACAGACUCCAGGGCCAACCCCCGCUUCCGAAACUCCUCUUUUGUCUUAAACCCUGAGACGGGCACUCUGGUGUUCAGCGCCGUCCACAAGGAGGACUCAGGCCAGUACUACUGCAUCGCAUCCAACGACGCGGGCUCGGCCCGCUGCGAGGAGCAGGACAUGGAAGUGUAUGACCUCAACAUCGGCGGCAUCAUCGGGGGGGUCCUAGUCGUCCUGACCGUCCUGGCCCUCAUCACAGGGGGCAUCUGCUGUGCCUACAGACGUGGCUACUUCAUCAGCCACAACCGCAACGGGGAAAGCUACAAGAACCCAGGGAAGCCAGAUGGAGUUAACUAUAUCAGGACAGAUGAGGAGGGCGACUUCAGACAUAAGUCCUCAUUCGUGAUCUAG